CGUUACAAUUCCGAAAUAUCUUGAAAGAAAAGAAAAAAUGAAAUGAAAUAUUGUGCAAAAUAAUCAAAGCCUAUGAAGAGAAGACCAAUUAUUGUUCAUUAACAAAAAGGGAAAAACAAAUGGUGUUUUCGCUCUACCUUUUGUGCUCGUGUUCUCGCAGAAGAAAUCUUUGAGCGGAACUGCAGAGUCCGAAAAAGCAACAAAAACCCAAUAAUUAACAACAAAAAACUACACAUAAUAAAUCAUAUAAUCACAACUAUAUAAUUAAUUAACUAACUGCAAAACCCCUUCACCGAUACAUCAUUUAUUUUGGGAGCCACCAAAAAGCCGACGGCUUUUUGCUUUUGUGCGGACUGUGUUUUUGCACAGCGAAUUUUCUUAUCUCUGGAAAACAACAACAGCAACAGAAACAACAACAACGACUAUGGCAAAGGUAAAGGAUCCGGCCACAUCACGUAUACCCCGCCUGGACGGCCAUUCCCGGAUACCACAGCCGGGAAGCUUUGGCCUCGCACCGAACACCACCUCACACAUACGACCGCCGACGAGCACUGGCGGCGCCCUGAAGGCCACGCAGAUCUUUCGCACCCCAGCACUGGCGCCGGCAGCGGCCAGACCGCGUCCCGCCAGCGUCCACACGGCAGCGUCGAGUGGAGGAGCCGCCGGGCCGCUCAGGGAUCUGGGGAGCAGCCUCAAGAAGAGCGCCAGCGGCGAGAGGAUCAACAAUGCCGUGAGUCUGCUCAGCAAGCGGACCACCACGGUGCUGAAGAAAUACUUUGGCACCACCAGCAACGGAAUGAUCAGGAGCAGCUCUCGAGGGGAAUCGCCAGUUCCAGCCGCAACAAAUUUGCAAGCAAAGCACACGCCGAUGACGAGCUCUUUGCCCGUGACGCCCAUGCCGGGCGGGAAGCGGGGCAUGGUCAGCAGCCAGCAGCUGACCAGCAGCACGCCCAUGCCCCUGCUGCGGUCCGAGACGUUCGUCUGCGACGAGGAGGAGGAGAAGAGCCUCAAUCUGACACGAUUGGAGAGCACACGGCUCUCCAGUCUGGGAUUCGGUCAAACUUUGGGCCUUGAUUCGCCUGGAGAUGCCAAUGCCACGCAGGUCCUGGCCAGAGAUGCCACGCGAAUCCUCAAGGAUGCGCCCAAAACAAUGCUGGAUCAGGCCCAUCAGGUGAUGAAGGGUUUCAGCACCAAGAUGAGCUCCUUGGGCUCCCCCAUAGCGCCGCCCAUAGAUGCCACCCAGACGAUUGUGUCGCCGACUCUUUCCCCAGGAUUUGGCGUAACGAUGCAUGUGAUGAGUCACGAUUCGGUGGCAGCCAAUGCCACCCACACAAUCAACGCCUCCUCCCAGAUGCUGGGCAGGACUAUGCCGGUGAUCCAGGACUCCAAGGACUCCACCGGAAUGGGAAAUCUCACCAAAACGAUCGAUUCCCCGGGAGAUGUCACCAAGUUUAUUGCCAAUGGAGGAAAUCUAACGCAGAGCAUGGACCAGUUGCCGCUGCUGGAGCACAUGUCCAUGCCAUCGGGAUUGGAUGCGGUGGUGGCCGCCAGUGACAAGGGCAGGGGCAGGGGCACGGGCAAGGGCAGGCCAGAGACCGAGCUGGACGACACGCUGGACGUGACGCUGACGCCUCUGGCGCCGGACAAGACCAACAUGAAGCUGCCACUGAACUCCACGCUGAACACGGAGCGCCUGCUGGAUCUCAGUGGGCUCCAGUCGCCGGCCCGACACAUCCAAUUGUUGAAUCUGACGCGGGAAUUCAUGGAGGCCACGCCGCACAGGCAUGCCACGCAGACGGGACGCCGCUCCAUGGGCCACGGACACACGCUGCUGUGCCUCUCGCCCCAGUCGGCGGCGACCACGCCGCACGGGCUGCGGCUGGGCAUGGGCCAGCAGACGCCACAGCCGGUGCACCUGCUGUCGCCGCUGCUGAAGCAGGCGCAGAGCGAAAUGGUGCUGCCGACGCGUACGCCCGAUGCGGAUACCGUCCUCGAGCGGCACGGGACGCUGGAGAACACCCUGACGUCGUCCCAGAGCCGCACGCGCUACAGCUUUAGCCUGGAUCUGCCGGACUCCACGCUGGACUGCUCCUUCGAGCUGGUGGACAACUCGUUCUCCUCCUCGCAGCAGCAGUUGCAGCAGCUGCAGCAGCAGCUCCUCAAGAAGCAGAGCUCCUUCGAAAUGGACGAGAGCCUGGGCAUCCUCACGCCCGACCAAAUGAAGGACUUCCUCGACUCGCCGCAACACAACAAUCUCAUCCACAACAUGGAGCUGCAGCUGGCCGCAGGCGGUCACCGGCUGCACCAUCCCAACAUGCAGCAGUUGCGCAUGGAGCAGACCCCCUCCCCGGAGGAGCUGCCCCUCGAUCCCGUCGAGAUCAAAACGGAGAUUGUGAAGCAGGUGGAGGCCUGCCCCCAGCCGCCAGCCGGCCAGGCGUCGUGCCCCACCUCGGGGCAGUCGAAGCUGAGCAACAGCUUCAUCACGAGCGUCACGAGUGUGACCAGCCUGGACACGGGCUACCAGGGCGAUGGGGAAAUGUCCCGUCCAGCCUCGCGCGGCGCCUCCGAUCACUCGCCCAGCAACGGCCCGCAUUUGGGGCGCGUGAGCCGCCAGCCCAGCUUUCCGCCACCCAUCCCAGCGGCAGCCGCAGCUCCGGCAGCGCCCAUGCGGCGUCAGGACCCCAUGACGGACUCUGACUUCUUCACCGAAUCCGAUGCGGACGAUGUGCUCCAGCGGGGCGAUCGACGGGCCCAGGUGAUCGACGGACAGCUGUACGGACCCACCAUGCAGCCGAGUGCCUCCGUCCCGCAGAUGGAGGACUCCUGCAUGGAGUCCUCGGGGAUUUUCACUGAUGUGGAGAAUCGCUGCGACGAGGAGAUGCGCCAGCCAGAGCUGGAGGUGGAUCCCGAACCGGACCCGGAUGUGGAUAUGUCGCCGGAUGACUCCACGCAAACAAUGCGCAAGGCGGGAGGGGGAGUUCAAGGCCAGCAGUCGCAACAGCAGCAGCAGCGACCCCCCAGCAGCUGUCUCUCUUCCUCGUCGGCGGCCACAACGCUCUCGAAUCGAACCUCGUACUGCAGCGUCGAUGGGGGGAGCACGAAGAGCUUUGCCGACGAAGCUUUCGCGCCGACGGCGGCGAGUGCCGGCGGCAGCGACUGCUGCCGAUCGUCGCUGGCGCUUUCAGUUCAGCCGACAGCGUCGCCGCGUCCACACGCCUCACUGUCGUCGCUCUGCACCGUCGAGACCUAUCGCGGCUCCGUGUCCGCCUCCUCCAGUUCGUCGAUCGCCUCGCCCAAGUCGUGCAAAGCCCUCCUGACCACAACAAAAGCCGCAAGAUCCACCACCAGCCCAUCGACGGGCACCCCCCCUCGCAGCUCCAAGUCGCCGCGCAGCUCCAAAUCGCAUACGCCCAAUAAAUGGGAUGCCGUUAUGAAUAAGAUCGCCAGCAACAAGCCGUUGAUCAAAACCAACUACAAUGAUGUGAAAUCGAAAGUGUCCAGCACCCGCGCCGCCGCCAUGGCUGGGCAGGGCCAGAUCUCUGCCCCCGGCUCCACUCCCGCUCAGGGCUCCUCGAACUCUGUGUCCAAGGCCACCACGCCCAGUCCGCGGGGCAGUCCUAGUGUCAGUGCCAGGCGUUCGCCCUCGACCACCCCCAAGGUCGUCGCGCCACGCCACCCGCCCCUCGUUGUCAAGAGGAGCAGCAGCAGCAGCAACUCCACCUCCACCUCGAAGACGGCGGCCACACCAUCACCGCCACCGUCAACGCGGCAGCCACAGGAUAAAGGCUCAGUUGGCAACGGCGCUGCUGGUGUCGGCACACGGUCUAGCUCCAAGUCCCCCACGUCACCCACAUCGCCGCCGACCAAGAGAUUGCAGUCGACGCUUAUCAAUCGGGGACACUCGUAUAGCAAGGAUAGCCACAAGCCCUUGCAGACUGAUUUGCGUUUGUUGUGCAACGGUGAUGCCACUGCCACUGCCACACAGGCAGCAGCGCCCGUGUCUGGAAGCGGCUUCCCAAAGCCAUUGGCAAAAACUCCACUGCGAGCUGCCAAAAAGCGUGAUGUGCGCAAUCUGAGCAUAUCGCCGACCGAUCUGGGCCCGCCGCCAAAGACCCAGCAGACCGCCAAGGGACAAUCCACACGCGGCAAGUCCUCUGCCACGACCACGCCCACAUUGAUACAGAAACGUUUAAAUGGAACCACAACGGCAGCCACCCCGCCUGCAACAUGCGCUCUUAACAACACCAAGGGAGCUGCCACAAAGCAAGCCGCCAGUGCAACACAAAUCAAACAACCAUCGCCACAAGCUAAUCUUAAAAAAAUUACAUCCGUUAAGAGCUCCCCGAUUGUUAAGAUAUCCGAAGAAUCCCUGCGUUCUGGCGUGGAUCAAACGGAGUUGCAGGAGCUCAAUGGACAGCCUUCGACACCGCCAAUGCCAAGGGACUCGAAGCGGGCUUCCCUUAGCCAGGAGUCGCUCUGUGUUUGCGGUGCCGCCGCUGGCUGCAAUUGUCAGACGGAGCCCAAGCUCAAGAAAUGCGAAUGCAAACCCCUCAUCAAUACCCAGAAACAGACAGGAUCCGCGGCAGUCGCAGCCAAGGAGGAGAUGCUCAAACAGGAUGAGAAAGAUCAGGAAAACAAACCCCGUAAUACAGCUAGUAGUAAAAAUAAGUCGAGUCCAGUCUGCGAAGUCAUUGGAAAGUCUUGCAGUUCAAUGACGAUGAUUGCCCAUCCCCGGGUGGACAUCACCAUCCAGUAUCCCGCCCUGAAGCCCUACACUAAGAACAAUGUGCUCGACCCUGAGCGUUUGACAGAGUUUCUCCAGGCCAACCUCAACGAGAGGGAGCAGGAGCACCGUCAGAUGAUGGGACUCGCCGUAAUGGUUCAGUUCAUGUCUCAAAAGCUGGAUGCCUGCGCCUGCGCGGAGACCAAAGAGCAGUGUGCCCGGGACAGGAGCGCCCUGGAGGACACGAUCGGGCUGCUGCAUCAGACGCAGCGGGAUUGCGAGGAGCUGCGCCAAGAGCUGCACGCCAAGGACGUGGAGUGGGCCCAGCGGCAGCAGGAACGUGAGCAUUUGCAUCGCACUGAACUGAAGCAAGCUGAAGAUAAAGUAAUGGAGGUGCAAAUGCUUGCAAAGCAAAGGUUCUGCGAACUGGAGGCCCAGCUGCGGGCCAAGGACGAGGAGCACAAGCUGGUGCAGGAGGCCUACCAGCUGGAGGUCUCGCACAAGCUGGCCCUCAAGCUGGAACAGUUGACCACCGCCGAGGCACAGAUAAUGGAUCUGCAGUCGCGCCUGCAAAAGGCCGGGGUCCAGGAGCAAGAGCUCCGCGACAGACUCAUCCGCAAGAAGAACAUCCACACCACCAGCAUUCACGAGGGCGCCCAGCGCGAACAGGAGCUCAACGAGCGCGUCCAGAGCCUCACCAAGGAGCUGAACACGUUGCGGGCCAGCAAGGAGUACAGCGAGCGCGAUCUGCGCGAUCGCCUGACCCUCUCACAGGACGAGAUAUCCGUGCUGCGUACCUCGUCUCAGCAGCGUAGUCCCAGCACCAGGACCAGCCUGUCCGACACCAGUGCGGAGCUGUGCCGCCUGACCAGCGAGGCCGAGAGCCUGCGCUGCGUCCUGGAGCUGAAGCAGGCGGAGAUUUCAACGCUGUCCAAGGAGAACGCGGACCUGAAGCGCGAAGGCGAGGAGCGCCUAAAGCUAUCCAAUCAGCUGGAUCUGCUCAAGUCCAAGAACGAGUUGCUGCAGCUAGAGCUAGAGACCAAAGCCGAAAAGGAAAAGGAAACUCAACAAAAGUUGGAUGAACUCCAGAAGGCCUACAAUCAUGAGAGCAUGAAGCGCACUCGUCUCACCUUCGACAAGGAGGAGAUGGUGUACCUCCUCAAGACACGCACCGAGAAGCUGCACAACGCCGAGGCUCGGCUGCAGGAGCGGUCCCUCAGCUCGCAGGACGGUUCGCACUGCUUCAGCCGCAGCACCAACGAGUCAGUGUCGUCGCCCACAUCGCCGAUGAUCAAGGGCAUGAUCGAGAGGAACGACUCGAUCAGCUGGACCCUGGACAUCGACGGCGAGACGCCCAAGGUGCAUUCCGCCAAGAUGGUGCGUCGCAACGGCUCCCUACGUGGCAGCAACGAGCGCAGUCCCAUCCAGCGCCGCCAGCAGGCGAUAAGCAACGGACACGCCAAUGGCCACUCAUCGUCGUCCCUAAGGAAUGGCACCUCAUCGUCGGUCCACAGAAAUGGCGGACCCAAUCCGCUCUCGCAGAGCAUGUCGGCCACAGCGCUGGUGCGUGGCAGUCACUCACUCAGCGGCGAAUCGGAGUCGGAGUCCCGCACACGAUCCCAUUCCAUGUGCAUCAAGGGCUCUGCAUCGACGUCCGCUGUUUGCGAGAAGCGACACACAUCCGAGCUCGCCACGCUGGGCGGAGAGCUGCUAUUGCCCGACUGGAACGAGGAUCCCCAUCCCGUCUGCUCCAGCUCGCCACAUACCCAUGCCACGCUGCAGUCGGAGAUGCGUCCGCGCAGCUCCACCAUGAAGCUCAUGUCGUCCGAUGCCAAUGCCCUGAAGAAAUUCCAGGAGAUCCAGGAGUCGGCCGGCGAGGCCAUGGUCUCCGGUGCCAACUCCGAGGACGAGAGCUGCUCGGCCUCAUCGGAGGACAUGAUGCGCAGCUCCACCUCCAGCACGGCAUCGGUGGGCUCCCUCUCCAAGCGACCGAAGCAGCCGUCCUCCCGCAUGUCCAUUGAGGAGGCGCUGCCCUGCACCCCCAUGGAGGUCAGCUGGUCGGAGGAUGCCGCCGAUGCGGAGGCCGAGGCAUGACAGGACAUGCCGCCGGCUCUGGGAGUGGGACUGGGCUAUGAGGAGCGGGCAGUCAUCGAGCAGAUUGCCGUUGCCGAGGCAGCCGAAGAGGCUUACGAGAUGGCCGCCUAUGCCGUGAGUGAUGUCCAGCAGGAGGAGCUCAUUGUGGGCGAGCCCGAGGACGACGACGAUGAGGACGGGGAUGACGACGAGGACGAUGAUAGCUUCUAAAGCGCACCUUGUGAACAGAACAUGAAAUGGAAAUGAUAAUGAUAAUUUACAAAUUAAACAAUAGUUGGUUGAUAUUUCUGAAUUGAAAAUGUUUGUGUAAAUAAUUGCAUUUAGCAUUAUAGCAGUAGAUAUAAUAGAUGUCCUGCCCCCGCCCCCCACUUUACCAAUGUAUAACAGGAUAAUGCAUGGAUAUAUAAUAGAACAGUCACAGUCCGUCUGUCAUACGAGUAUGGGAUAGGAUAUGGAUAUGGAAUAUUGGCAUAGAUAUAGAAUACGGCAAAGGACAUAUAAAUGUUAUAGUAUACCACUAACUUUUUUAAUGGAAGCCACAGACAAACACUCAUACACACACAACAUACACAUACAUAAAUACAUACAGAAAAUCAAUAUAUAUAUAAAUCUAAAAAUGUUUCAAACCAAUCAGGAGUAGGACCAGAACUCCUGCAGUAAUGUAAUGAAUAGCAUUUAGCUGAAGCAGUAUGAAUAUUUGCAUAAAACUUAUUACUAUACCACGUACCACGUACCACAGCGACAUUGAUAUUGAUAUUGUACUCGAACCGCGACUCGCUGAUACAUACAUACAUACAUACUAAAUAUGUUAAUCCCAAUCCAAAUACUAGCCUAGCCUCUAGCCUAGCGAUUCUCAAUGAUUGUAAUCCUCCCCAAGCUCAAACCCAUUCACUCGAUGUCCUUAAAUGCCCGCUAAUCGUGUGUAAUAAUAUAAAUAAUAUAUAUAUAUAAUAAUGUACCAAUUAGUAUGUCAGAUCUAUAAGCUUUAUUCUUGUGCGUUUGUAUGGAAAUUCUAGAUGUACGCGUAUUUAUUAUUUAGUUUUUAAUGCCCGCUACGGAAUGAGCAAGAAGCAAAUUGAAACUGUUUAAAAGCCUAGUUUAUACGAGAGCAUUCUUCUCUCAAUAAUCUAUAUAUUUGUGUACGUAUGAAUUUGUAUUAGUUUUAGUUAAAUAUGUUUUAACUUUCUGUUAUCCUUGGAUUGUACGAGUAUCCGAAGAAUGCGAGUUUUAUAUGUAUAGAUUCGGGAUACGCAUAACUUUGUAACACGCAGGCAUUGUCAUUAACUCUUAAGUAUGUUAUUUUUAUUAUGUGUGGAGAGAACUACAGCUAAGAGGGUACCCCAACCCCAGACCCAGCCCCAGCCCCAGGCCCAGGCGCCAAUGUCUCUCUGAGAAGGUGCCGCAAAGAAACAGCGGGAGAAACACAUUGCUACAAAUGAUAAAUCCCUAGAAAUAUUUUUUGCUAAAUACUUUCAAGAAACCCUUAAAUAAAUAAGUAAUUGUUUCAGAAA